CACCUUUUUACAGUCCGGAAGAUAACGACAUGAAUCCGUGAUUCCUUUUCCUCUCUUUGUCUAAAAGUCUCAUCAUUUUUACAGUUGAUCGAGUGACUUUUACUACAUAGAAGAGAUCAUGAACGAGAGGAUUACAGCUACUGUUCUUCUUCUUCUUCUACUCUGUCAUGUGUUCUACCUGUCUCAUGUUUCGGGCAAGGAAUGUACCAACACUCCAACCGAGUUAUCAUCUCACACUUUCCGUUAUGACAUCUUGAAUUCUGAAAACGAGACAUUGAAAGAGGAGAUUUUUGCCCAUUACCAUUUAACUCCAACAGAUGAAUCCGCAUGGUCUAAUUUGCUUCCAAGAAGGAUUUUAAAACAAGGGGAAGAAUAUCCAUGGUUGAUGAUGUAUAGAAGAAUCAAGAAGAAUUUUGGUGAACCAGGAAAGUUUCUAAAGGAGAUUUCUCUUCAUAAUGUCAGAUUGAACCCUAAAUCCUUACAUGGGCAAGCUCAACAGACAAAUUUGGAGUAUUUAUUGAUGUUGGAUGUUGAUAGUUUAGUCUGGAGUUUUAGAAAGACAGCUUCUUUGCCCACUCCCGGCCAGCCUUAUGGAGGCUGGGAGGAUCCAACAAGAGAACUUCGCGGUCAUUUUGUCGGUCACUACCUUAGCGCAUCUGCGUUAAUGUGGGCUAGUACUCAUAACGAAACCCUAAAAAAGAAGAUGUCGGAGGUUGUUUCUGCUUUGUCGGAGUGUCAAAUCUCAAUUGGUUCUGGAUACUUAUCUGCUUUCCCAUCUGAGCAAUUCGAUCGGUUUGAAGAAAUAAAACCGGUUUGGGCUCCAUAUUACACAAUUCAUAAGAUAAUGGCGGGUCUGUUAGAUCAAUAUGCAUUAGCUAGUAAUGAUGAUGGUUUGAAAAUGGUGAAUUGGAUGGUUGAUUACUUCUUUAACCGUGUUCAAAAUGUAAUAAACAAGUAUAGUAUUGAGAGACAUUGGAAAUCAUUGAAUGAAGAAACUGGUGGGAUGAAUGAUGUUCUCUAUAGAUUAUACACUAUAACGGGUAACGAGACUCAUUUGUUGCUGGCUCACCUUUUCGACAAACCUUGUUUUCUAGGAUCCCUGGCUGUAAAGGCUGAUGAAUUAUCGGGGUUUCAUGCCAACACUCAUAUUCCUAUCGUUAUUGGGUCGCAAAUGAGGUAUGAAGUUACAGGGGAUCCACUCUACAAAGAAAUUGGAACUUUCUUCAUGGAUAUCGUUAAUUCAUCUCACACAUAUGCGACAGGAGGAACAUCAGUUAGUGAAUUCUGGUCAGACCCGAAGCGAUUGGCGGGCACACUCCAAACGGAGAAUGAAGAAUCGUGCACUACUUACAACAUGCUGAAGGUGUCUCGAAACUUAUUUAGAUGGACUAAAGAAUUGGCAUAUGCGGAUUAUUACGAGAGAGCUUUGGCUAAUGGUGUGAUGGGUAUUCAAAGGGGAAGAGAACCAGGGGUUAUGAUUUAUAUGCUUCCACUUGGUCGAGGUAUUUCUAAAGCUCGAAGCUACCAUGGAUGGGGAAAUAAGUUCGAUUCUUUCUGGUGUUGCUAUGGGACUGGAAUUGAAUCGUUCUCGAAGCUUGGAGAUUCAAUUUACUUUGAGGAUGAAGGAGGACUUUAUAUUGUUCAGUAUAUACCUAGCUCGGUUAAUUGGGAAUCAGGGCAGAUCAAUGUUACUCAGAAUGUACAAUCUCUCGUCUCGUUUGAUCCUCGUCUUCAAGUCACAUUAACUAUAUCACCAAAUGUAGGAGCCGGAAAGGUUGAAUCUGAAUCAACGAAGUUGAACUUGCGCAUACCUAGUUGGACAAACUAUAAAGAUGCCAAGGCUUCCUUAAACGAUCAGAAUUUGUCAUUACCAAAUCCAGGUAAUUUCUUGUCGGUAACCAAGAAUUGGAGUUCAGGUGAUCGUAUCGUUCUUGAACUCCCGUUUGGUCUAAGAACAGAGGCCAUUAAAGAUGAUCGACAAGAGUUCUCUUUCCUUCAGGCCAUUCUAUAUGGCCCUUAUCUCCUUGCCGGCUUAACCAUAAGCAGUGAUUGGGAUUGGGACAUUAAAAUGGGCAAAUCUUUCUCCAACUGGAUUACUCCAGUUCCAGCAAAUUACAAUUCACAGCUCAUUACACUCUCGCAAGAAUCCAGAAACACAACGUUCGUCCUAAUGAACACAAACAGUUCAAUUUCUUUUAAUCCAAUACCUCUUCCAGGAACAGAUGCAGCCAUCCAUAGUACAUUUCGGAUCAUAACCAACUCCGAGAUCUCUUCUCCCCAAGACGCAAUCGGGAAAGAAGUAAUGCUAGAGCCUUUCGAUUUUCCAGGUAAGCUAGUGGCGACGGAAGCGAAAGCAGGGCUGGUGGUUGCAGAUAACGGGACCAUGUUCCAUUUAGUUAAAGGGUUGGAUGGCAAGGAAAAAACAGUCUCCCUUGAAUCAAAUAACCAGAGAGGCUGUUUCGUGUUCAGGACAGGUUUAACCGUUGGUCUCAAAUGUAAAUCUAACCGUAAUUCGGUUGAUGAAGAAUUCGAGGAAGCUGCUAGCUUCAAGAUGGAAGGUGGGAUUGCCGAGUAUGAUCCGGUUAGCUUUAUCGUUAAUGGGGUUAACAGGAACUUUGUUCUAUCUCCUCUGUUCAGUUUGAGAGAUGAAUCUUAUACUGUCUAUUUCAAUAUUCAAUCUUGAUUUGUAUGAACAGUAAUUGUAAUAAGAAAUAAACACAUUCUCA